UGCACGGGGAGAACAUGCAAACUCCACACAGAGAUGGCCGAGGGUGGAAUUGAACUCCGGUCUCCUAGCUAGUCCCUUAAAAUAAUGGUCCAUAUGUAUCCACUUUCCAUAAAAUUUGAUGUAGUUAUCGUUGUGUAUCAAAUCGAUUACCACAAAUAGAUUUACAUCUCUACUUAGUAUAGAUAAUAUAAAUAUAAUCGGCUGUGAUGGAAUGUGAUUAAUUAUGAGUUAACUAUUGACAAAAUAUGAUUGUGAUUAAAUAUUGACUAAAUGGACUGACAGCCCUAAACCAAACACAGAGAAAUUUGAUCAUAGAGAAGAAGCAGAGGAGAAACAGGAGGGAUAGAAAUGAUUCCGUCCACAAUGCCUGUGUUGGAUGUGAUCAUAGGAUGUGGAGAUGCUCUCAUUGGAUCAGUGUAAUCUCGGUCAAAUCAGUGUCAGGGCGCUGUCUGCCUGCUAUUUAAUCCCGCUUGGCUCGGCAUUUAAUAUGUUCCACUGCAAAAAGUAUUAUCUGCAUGUUGGCGAUGACGACAGUCCGCAAAGCCCUACUGCAUGCUUUUGCCAUCAAACGUCAAAAUCUUGAUCCGUGUGUUUGCUGAUGACGUGCGUCACUUUCUCAGUCCAUGUGAUGAUGGCACUGUUGCUGCUGUAUGGUGGAGGUAAGGCCCACCAAGAGAGUACGUAUAUACUGUAGCUAGUACUAUAUAUAUUUUGGUUGUGAAGAGCUAGCAAAGCGGAGGUAUUAUUGGCAGACUCAAACAUUUUAUUGCCACUUUGCAGUUUAAGGAUUCAUGGCUUUUUCUUGGCAAUCCUGCCAUGAAGUCCAACAUCCUGAAGUCGCUGCUUCACUGUUGAUACUGACACUGGUGUUUGACGGCUACUAUUUAGUGCAGCUGCCAGGUGACGACUACUAAGGUUCGACCGAUACAUCGGCCGGCCGAUAUAUGCGUCUCACUGCGGAGGAGCAGUCAUUGAUCAUCGAUGCUAGAUAAAACUUAAACUACGACAGAAAUGUUUUGCACAUGGUUGAAUAUUUAUUCCUUUUAAAGUUGAUAAUGCCGUUUAAAUGCGUGUUUAAGAAAGCUCAAUCCUACCUACUGUGUUCAGUGUUUACAUUUCAAUAAAUAUUUGUUUAAACUUGAGACCUGUAAUAUUUGUUAUAAUUGUCAGUUUUUCAUGUAAAUUUAGGGAGCAAAAGCAAUAUCGGCCCAAGUAAAAUUGGCCAUCGGCUAAGGGUGAUGGAAAAAAAAUUGUUAUUGGCAUCGGCCCGAAAAAAAACAUAUCGGUUGAUUCCUAAUGACUACACACUCUCAGAUAUUUGUCUUCUUGCACAGUUGUGCAUCGUUUUUCUGUCCUUGUUAGACCCAGUUUGUGCUGCUCUCUGAAGGGAGUAGUUAACAGCAUGGUAAGAGGUUUUUUACAUGGCUUUUCUAAUCAUCUAUUAGCCUUAUAAAAUGAUGAACUUGGAUUAGCAGCCAUACCAGGAGAUUGAUGCAGAGGACAGUUGUUGAUAGUAGGCCUCUAUGCAAAAAUGAAUCAUCUGAUUCAUUUUAAAUGUUUGUGAAAUGGAAAAAAAUGUUCGUGAAAUGCAGGAAAAUUUGUUUUUCUUUGGAAAACAAAGAAAUUUGCAAGUGAUCCCAAACUUUUGAGCGGUAGUGUAUGCAUAUUGAACAACACAGAACCAAUGUUGGAAUAGCGGUAAGCAAACUGCUCAAAAUGGUAUUAAUAGCGGUUAUGAGUUCAUACGGUCACAUGGAUGACUUUCACACCAAUGACUGAGUUUUCACAUUUGGAGGUUGCAUGCAGAGGUCGACACAGCCAAUGUUGUUAAUGUCAAUGUUUUUUGUUUGGGUAGACCAGUGAUUUUUAACCUUUUUUGAGCCACGGCAGGACGAAGUUGUCCAUGACGUUCUUACAGACUGAAUUGGUAAUGGCUCUCAUCUCCUCCCUGAUGGCUUUCUUGAGUUCCGUAAUGGUUCUGGGUUUCCCUGCGUAGACUCUGUCCUUAAGAUAGCCCCAAAGAAAAAAAAUCAGGGGGGGGGGCUUAGGUCCGGGCUAUGGGGUGCCCACUCAAAAUCAGUGGCCUCCGAAGUUCUCUUUCAGCCAAUCGCGGGACAGGUUUGAUUGUGUGAGAACUUGCUCUGUCUUGCUGGAACCAGAACUUGCUCAUGAGCAACGGGUAGAUUGGUCUGGAGUUCAUUCUUGAAGGUUUUGAGGACCUCCAAAUACUGUUCCUUGGCCCUGUAGACAUGACAAAACACGACUAUAGUCACAUUUAUACUUUUUUUUAUUUACAACAUAUUGCGCAACUGCAGGGUCUUGAGACACAUGCUAACUCGCAAACUAGAGCGCUAGCGACCUAAACGGUAGCCUUCAAGUUAUUUCCUUUAAACUUAAAUAGCCAAAAACUUACCACUUCCACACGGAUAGGGAGGAUAACUAUUAACAGUUAUUUAACCUUUAAGAUGAACAUUAAUCAAACGUAAUAAUUUUUUCUGCGUACAUGAUACCAUACAGCAUCCACAUCAAACUUGUGCGGGCCGCAUUAACAUUAAACUUUCAUAUUAAGGCGGGGGCCUCAAACUAGUGUCCUGCGGGCCAAAUUUGGCCCACGGGCCGCGUGUUUGAGACCCCUGACAUAAAGUGUACACAGGCCCGGUUUUUUUGGGGUUCACCCUGUAUUUGCAAAUGAUGAUUAAUAAAUGUUAAUUAUAAAAAAGUGAUAUUGGAUAAUUCCUCAGGGUACACCUGACUGUUUCUCAAGGUACACUAGUGUAGUACACUACUAGUACACUAGUGGGGUAGACCACGUCCCUGGUGACUGGUCCAACAUUCCUACUAUAGAUCACAACUAAAUGGUGAAUUUUGAAUGUAAACAAUAGCGUAGAAGUCAUGUUAUGGUCGUCCUUUCACUCAGUAGCAUCAUCCCCCCCAUCAUCCUCUUCUGCGGUUUCCAGUCGAUGGACCAGAACUUGCUUUCUCAUUAUCAAGCCCGACUCCUCCCCCUCUUUGACUGCUGCUGUUCCUCCACUCUCCCUCUCUCUCCCUCCCUCCCCUCUUUUGUGUGAAGAGCUCGGCAACGCGCGUUAAUCCCGGAUUGCGCUGCCCUGCCGUCUGCGUCCCAUCUUUGCUGGGUGAGCAUGGCAUGCCUCCAGGACCCCUGUCCUCAUGCGGGAGAGAAGUGAAAAGGAAGGGCUGCCAUAACCACCGCCUGACUGAAAGACUCGCUUACAGAAUUUAAGAGCAAGGGGUGGUGGGGGGGAAGAGGAAAGGAAGCAUGCCGCCCCUGUAAGAGAUCCACUCUUGGGUAACUGUAGGUCCGAUUUGAGCGCCGCCACUUUGCCACCGCUCUCUCUUCCUCAACCACUCACACGUGAGGGGGAUUAAACUUUUUUUUUUUUUCCUUUUCCUCCCUGAUCCUCCUGUUGGCACGAGUGUAACUUGAGUGUCAGCGUGUGACAUGGAGUCUCCCACCAAAGAGAUCGAGGAGUUUGAAAGCACGGCCCUGAAGUACCUCCAGCCGGAACAAAUUGAAAAGAUUUGGCUCAGACUUCGAGGACUGCGGAAGUACAAGAAGACAUCCCAGAGAUUAAGAUGUCUGGUCAAACAGCUGGAGAGAGGAGAGGCUUCCCUGGCUGACCUCAAGAAGAACUUGGAGUAUGCGGCUUCUGUGUUGGAGUCGGUCUACAUCGAGGAGACCAGGCGCUUGGUGGACACGGAGGAUGAGCUCAGUGACAUACAGUCGGAGUCAGUACCCUCGGAGGUGCGCGACUGGCUGGCCUCCACCUUCACUCGGCAGAUGGGCUUGAUGCUGCGUCGCAAUGAGGAGAAACCUCGCUUCCGCAGCAUUGUCCAUGCCGUACAGGCUGGAAUAUUUGUUGAAAGGAUGUACCGGCGCACCUCUAAUUUGGUGGGACUCAGCUACCCGCCUUCCGUUAUAUCUGUGCUGAAGAAUGUUGACAAGUGGUCAUUUGAUGUCUUCGCUUUAAAUGAAGUCAGCAGCGAACAUUCACUUAAGUUUAUUUUCUACGAGUUGCUCACCAGAUAUGACCUCAUCAGCCGCUUCAAGAUCCCAAUUUCUGCCGUGGUGUCGUUUGUGGAGGCUCUGGAAGUGGGAUACAGCAAGCAUAAAAACCCGUACCACAACCUGAUACAUGCUGCUGAUGUCACGCAGACUGUUCAUUACUUGUUACUCAAGACUGGCAUGGUGCACUGGUUAAGUGAGCUGGAGAUCUUUGCCAUGAUCUUUGCGGCGGCCGUGCACGACUAUGAGCACACGGGGACCACAAACAACUUCCACAUUCAGACAAGGUCGGACACAGCCAUCCUGUAUAACGACCGCUCCGUCUUGGAGAGCCACCAUGUGAGCGCAGCCUACCGCCUGCUGCAGGACGACGACGAGAUGAACAUCCUCUACAACCUCUCCAAGGAUGACUGGAGAGAGCUGAGAGCUUUGGUGGUGGAAAUGGUGCUGGCCACCGACAUGUCGUGCCACUUCCAGCAGGUGAAGGCCAUGAAAAACUUCCUGCAACAACCUGAGAGCAUUGACAAGCCCAAAGCUCUUUCCUUACUGCUGCACACUGCCGACAUCAGCCACCCAGCCAAAAGCUGGGACCUCCACCACCGCUGGACCACCUCUCUGCUGGAAGAGUUUUUCAGACAGGGGGACAAAGAAGCAGAGCUUGGCCUUCCUUUCUCGCCGCUCUGCGACCGAAAGUCAACAAUGGUGGCGCAGUCACAGAUUGGCUUCAUCGACUUUAUCGUGGUGCCCACCUUCACCGUGCUGACCGACAUGAUGGAACGCAUCGUGACACCGCUCAUGGACGAGGCCUCGCACUCGGGUUUCGCUGGCUUUCGCCGCUCGAGUCUGAACAGUAUUAGCUCGGAGGAGGCCAAGAGGCACAGCGUGAAGAGUAUGGGCUCCGACAGCUGCUCCUUGGGUCAGGGCUCCCUGCUGGCUGUCGACAUGAAGAACUUUAAGGCGCUGUGGAAUGAAGAGGUCUACCAGAACAGGGAGCGCUGGAAAGCACAGGCUACCAAAGAGGCAGAGGAGCGAGCGAAAAAGGAAGCGGAGGAGGAGGCCCAGCAGGAGGACUCUAUGGAUCCCCAAGAGGACAACACGGGGUCCACUAAGCAACCGGAGCCAAAAGACGGCAAGCAGGAGGAGGAUGUGCCGUCCAAGCAGGCCACGGGCACGCCACUCGACACUGGAGACACAGCGCCGCCAUCAACAGGGGACGCUGCUGCGCAUAAGAGUCCCUCGCUGCAGAACGGAGAAUUGUCUGAGGGUGCGGACUCUCCAGGGAAUGACGAGACCAAAAACACAAUGGUUGAUGGUGGCAAUGGAAUAAAGGAGAAGGAAAUCACAGCCAAGAACCAGCAGGCAGGACAAAAGUCUUUCAUUGGACUUUGUCGCCCCCUGUAGGAAAGCGACAAACUGACACCAUUCUUUUCCUGUGUUGUAUUGAGUAUGUGUUUUGAUUUCUGCCAUACGUCCCUCCUCCUGAUGCAUUCACAUGUGAGAUUGAUGGCUGCUGCUUUUAGUUAUUGUAUGUCAAAUGUACAUUUUACGUCCUGGAUUGAGCUUUUGUAAAAGUUUGCUACCAGCGCUGCUUUUAAACUCUUAACAGAAGCAAAAAGGGAGAACUCGUUCAUGCAUUUGAUGCAUUUGUGCUCCUUCACUCCCCGUCCUUACUCUCAUUUUAUGUAAAUGGUGGACUUUAACGUAAGCUUUUGUCACAUAAAAAAACCUUUUUUAAAACAUAUCACACACAAAUGCAUUCAUUUGUUGACGUCCUUUAUGCGCGCAUGCGUGUGUGUCGCUCGUCACGAUGCCUUCUUACAAGCUCCCUGUUUAUCCAUCCAGCUUGUGUCUGUUUUAUUGUCAUUCAUUUAAAUAUAAGAUGCAAAUAUUGCUUAUGAGGCAUAUGUAAUAUAGUGUAGCAAACAUCUGCUUUAGUUGUAUUUGUAAAUAUACUAUAAUUAGGAUGCUACAAAGACGGAUUUGGAUACUGCAUUUGGGCAGUAUUUGCAUUACAAACGGGACAUUUCCCUUGUAACUGUGUACUUUUAUUCAUUUCAUAAUUAUAUAGGUUCAUUAUUUUAAAUUAUUGUUUUGUUUUUAUUUAAUUUAAAGGUGCUGUCCGUCUUCGGCUCUAAAUUACACUUUUUUUAAACGAAAAUUAUAAGAACAACACUAGAUAGCAGUAGAAUAAAUAUUGAUACAUUUAAAAUUAAAUUACUUCUAGUAAUUACUAAAUUACAUCCAGUGCGUAAUUUAAAUCUAAUUAUGUACUAGAUUCUUAUUUGUCCCGGAAAUGUGGGAAAAAAAAUCUUCAAAUUGUGACAAAUUUUAAU